AUGGUUCAGCGAACCUUUACCAUAGUGCCGCCUGCAGGGCCGGCUGAGCGAACCCCUGUCAAUAAUCGCCCCAUGACAUCUAAACAAGUCCGCAAGGCCUACAAAGAAGCAAAUCGUGUCCCGCGCGUAUCCAGAGCAGAACAGUUGAGACAGGAGAGAGCCGAGCAGGAGCGCAUCCGGAAGGAGUUUGAGAAGGAUAAAGCCGCAUUGAAAGCGAAGACGCUCAGGGAGAGGAAGCGCGCAAAGGAGCAGGCAGAGAGGGAGGAGAAGAAGAAGAAGGGCCUGCCUUUGGUGAAUGUCCGGCCAAGCCAAGACACCAUUGCUUGGUUUGUGAGAGGAAGGGGGUCAGGUACCAAGAGAGAUUGCAGAGGUCAAAAUGCUGCAAUAACCCCGGUAUUGCCUAUAGCGGAGGAACCAGAAGAGGACGAAGGUGACCUUCCCAGCCCGAAGCGACUCUGCAGCCAAGAACAGCCAAAGGAAGAAGGCUGCGAGAAAGCAGACUGUGAGAAAGCAGACUACGAGAAAGAAGACUGGGUGGAAGAAGAUUUCGAGGAAGAAGACUUUGAGGAACUAGAGGAGAAGAGGGAAGAAGUUUUACCCGCACUCGAAGAACCCACGACCAAGGUUGAUACUACGCCAGAAAAGAAUGAGCGCACUGCCGAAGAAAACUUCCUGGAGGAUUUCGAAAUCAUAUCGGACGACGAGAUGUCCAAGCUGUCCUUUAACCAAGUAGCUACAAAAUCUGGUGUUGCCAACGCAGAGAAUCACCUCCCGACAUGCCCGGAGACUACACCAGAGGAACAGGAAAAGGCCCCUUCACCCCAUGACACCACACUCUACAAACCAGAAUCUCCCAUCACAAUCAAGAACCUUAAACCACUAGCUCUUCCAGAGUUUGACUUGAUAUCUGAUGACGAGGACGAUUUGGAACAGGAGAUGCUGGCUCUGGACGUGGCCCUGAUUUCUCAAAAACAGCUUUCGAAACAGCCCGCGCUGGUACUUGUAUCUCAAGGAUCCCAGAAACGGGCUCGCACUGCAACAGGCUACGAGAUGGAUCUCGGACUCGCUACCGGUCUCCUCAAUAAUAUUUCUCAGGAGACACUCUCUAAAAGAGACGAGCAAGCGUGUCUUAUGCCGCCGCCGCCGAUACCCGCACCUCCACAGCGCUCACGCUCCCCUACAUCACCCGUCGCUAUGAAGCCACAGGCGCCUCCUCUCAGCACCCAGCAGAUCCUCUUUAACAUGGAUGAUUUCUUCCCUACAUCUUCGCAGCAGGCAGCAGAGUUGGAAGAAGAAGAAACUACAUUCAUUCCCCAAUCCUUGAAAUCAUGCUCGAUACCUCGAGCUAAGGCUCCGAGCCCUGUCGCGGAGAAAGACUUACCACCCCCAGAUACAGCAUCUUCAUCACCCGAACCACCCAAGCCCUUUUUUACUGCGUCUGGAUCCAAUGAGAGAUUGGCUGUGGCCUUACUGCGUAGCCGACGAACAGCAGAGCAAGAGGAAGAACAGAGAAGGCGCGCCCUCCAAUUAGAGGCCCUUGAACUCGAAGAAGCCAAGAAGAGAGACUCUGAGCGUCGUGCUCGAGAGAAGAGACUGGCAGACAGCAAACCGAAAACGAAUGCUGCCAAUUACACUCCCACGAAGACAGAGCCUCGUGAGAGAGGGCAACCCCCUCGACAAACAAGGCCAGCCGCUGCAACAACGCCGCAGUUUUCGAUGAGAAAGGGGUUUACAACAAACCCCAACCGCACUCCCGCAAAUACAUCUGUACAGAGGACUCCUCUCGUCACGACACGAGCCAACUCCACUCUACCAACUACCAAGCCACUACCUACGGCUGAGACGAAGAGACCUUCACCUAUUGGCAAUAUCCCACGAAAGCAGUCGCCCCCUACCACUGCUAAAGUCGCAAUUAAACCGCAGCCUCCGAAGGCUCAAAACACAAGACACGAGACACUCAAAGCGAUGUCCAAAGAAAACACGACUUCUCCUGGAAUCAGCGAGGCUAAGCACCUAAUUGCUUCCCAAGAGUCAGAAUUCGGUGGAAGUUGGAUGGACGAGCUGGCGACGGAGAUUUCCCUAUAA